UCUGUGUGAGACGCCGGCACUAUCUCACACUGCUCCUUACCACCUGUCCUUGACUUAGUGAGCACUGGCGGCACAGACAGCAGGCUUCCUUCAACAGCUUUCCUGUUUGUUUGUCUGCCACCAGUCUUUUUUUUUUUUUAAACAAAAACAAAAACAUUUCCUCCCUGUGGCUGUGCUCUUCUACCUGUGGUGCUUCGCUGCAGAAGUGAAAGACGUUCAUCGUCGGCCAGUGAGAGCUCUGAUGGGAGGCAGCUUUGACUCUGGCUGGGACUGGGGAUGCUGAACGGAGGGAGGGAGGGCCUGUUUGAGCUGGGACAGCAGCUCCAGCAGCAGGGGGAGUACCAGGCCGCCCUCCACUGCUUCCUCAGCUGUCUUUUGGGACUGACCCAUGUACAGAGCUUCACCUCUCUGCCCAACUGCCUGCACCAGAUUGCUGAACUGUUCAUCACUGAAAAGAACUAUGGGAAGGCCCUCCAGUUCAUCCAGGCUGAAAAGAUGUUCUACGAAGUGGCAUUGAUCGAGCUCACCGCUCUUCAGGGGAGCCCAGGGCCUCAGGAGGAGGCAACCCUGGGCUCUGCAGGAUGGACAAACCCAGAGGAGCUUUCAGAGCAGGCCUCUCAAGCGCAACACCUCGAACGGCUGGCUCAGCUCUGCAUCAUGAGCAAACAACCACAUCUUGCCCUAGAAUACAGCGGUAAGGCUACAAAGAUUAAUCAGAGGACCUUUGGUAACGACCAUCCAAUAACAGCCAGAAGCCUGGAGCUUAUGGCAACCGUCUAUGCUGAGAUCGGCAAGACUGAAUAUUCAGAUUCUCUGGGCCAGUGCGUGUCGGCGCUGUCCAAACGCUUCGCUGCUGCAGAGUCCCUCAGAGACACUGUCAACUGUCUUCCUCAUUCCCACCGUGAGAAGGUUUGCGAGGUGCGUCAUAGAAAAGACGCCCACCACCAACAGGAAGACACGCCAAAUCCUAAGGCAGCCAGUGGCAAAGUCCCUACCUCCAUUCUGAAGAGGCCAAGUCCCUAUGGGUCAGACGCAGAAACCAACCACAGACGGAAGGGCGAGCGCAGGGUUCGAUUCAGGGAACCAGAGACCACAGUACAUGAUAUUUACUGUGAGCCUUUAGGUGCCUAUGAGACAACGCCGGCCCGGCCCCAUCUUGCCCUGUUCACCUGCCUCUUCCUACUCAUGUCAUUCCUCGGUGUUGCGAUGUACUGCACCGACCGCAGGCGGCCACAGAGAGCAUGCGAGGAGCUGGAAGCUGCUUUGGCUGUCUACCUGGUUCACAUGAAGCAGCUCCUGUGGGGCUGCUGGAUAUGGCUGACCAUGCAGUGACUGUGGCACACCAUAGAUGGAGACAUGGAGCGUUUCUUUUUUUAUAUAUUUGGAGGUGCCUAAAGCCUACAAACAGCUCAGCCAUGUUGCAAGGCUCUGCAAUGGUAACUCUGCACCUCUUCCCCACUGAAAAGGGAAUAUGUUUAAUCCCAGAAACAUGUAGCUUCCAUCUCUGUAUGUAUGUAUCUAUGUAUGCACUACAGUUUGGAUAUGCCACUCCAUAUGUAAGUUGUGAAAAUAUUUUGCACAUUUGCAACUAUAAUGCUCCCAUAAUCCCCACAAUGAUUUCAUCCUUCAGUUCAGGUGAAAGUCUUUUGCCUGUGAGUGGAUGUUUCCAAGGAAUGCAAAUAUUUAUUUUAUUACAGAACACAAUUUGUGUAUCUAAUAUAUCCCAAACAAAUGAAUGUGUAUAUAUGGCUCAAAAUAAUAAGGUCUAUCACUAUCAGUAUUUAGCCUUGUAAUUCCAUAUUAAUGAAUGUAGAGCUGUUGGAAAAUGUUUCAGAAGUGCCCGUCUGCAGGGCAAAGAAUCGGGUGUUUGGUGUUGAUCCAUUAGAAGGUGAAUACAGGGCUACAUCACCUCAUACUACGGGGUUAAAUGAGAAGGAAAACACUUUAUUCUUUCUUGUCUGUCUGUUCCUUCCGGGGUGUAACAUGUGUAGCACAUUCUAGUUAAUCGAAGAGAAUAUACUUAAACUACAGUGCCUUGCAAAAAGCCUUUACAUGCUCUUUUCUGUUAUGCUUUAUCUGUUUAUUGAGAUUUUAAGUGACAGCAACACUAGAUUGUGAAGUGGAACGAGAAUAAUCAAUGAUUUCUACAUUCCUUUGGAUGUAAACUUAGAGAGUGUAAGGUACUUUGGUUGCACUUGAUUUAAUUUAGAGGUAUCAAAGUAAUAAGGGCUAGAUGAGGUCAGAUUUAUGUCACAUCUUGGUUUGUACUAAACUUGUUUUUCUCUGAUACUCCUGGCGUUCUUUAUGAAUGUCAGAGUAAAAGGAGCCAAUCACAUAUUUGCAAGUACUCACCUCCUCUGGUUCCCUCUCAAUUAAACUCAUCUGCAAACUGACCCUUAGUUUUUUUUUACUUCUACUUGUAUAGAAUAUUGUAAACCAUGCAUCGUUUCCUAUCCUUUUCACAAUACUCUAUAUUUUGUCGGUCCGUCACAUAAAAUCCCAACAAAAAACAUUAAAGUUUCUGGCUAUACAGUUGCAAAAUGUCAUGGUGAGGGUCAAUAGUUUUGCAAGGCACUGUAUAUGAAGGAUUAUAGUUUUAACAAAUUUCCCCCUCUAUACUGCCUGAUGCUCCUCACCCUUGAAUCUCACCUGUUAUGUAUAUAUGUCUGUCUACUGUGUGUCUGUAUUAAUUCAAAAAUCCCAAAAUAUACUUUUAUUUUUAUUGUUUUCUAUUUUCUCACCUGAUAUUGGUGUAACUCCGAUUCCAAACUCCUGUUUAUAUUUGGACGAGAAGAAAACCCUGAAUCAAUUGAGGCCAAACUCAGAAUUAUAUCAGAACCAGAUACUGAAUUUAUUGUAGAUAUGAGUUAUAUAUGAGUUCCUUUAUCGAAUGUAGCAAAGAAAUUCAAAAAAGCAGCCAAACUUGCACACAAAUGGAUUAUACAGGAACCAAAGGGUACAGUGAUGCACAUCCAACAUACCUCUUGUUAUGAGCAAUAAGACAGUGACAGAACAGUGCUCUCUGUAUGACAGGUUUCAGGGAAAUCAUCAUGAUCCUGUUUGAUUGUGGAGAUCUCACAUUUGAAUUUUGAAGCAAUAUGGCAAAUCAAUGUCUGCACAGAAGAAAUAAACAAAAAACAAACAAAAAAAAAUAACACCCACAGCUCCGUACUGUCAAACUAAAUUGUCAUUAGCAAUAAAAGGAUUCCCAGUAAACUCACGUCCUGUAUAUGCACACUUAGCUGCUUUUUGUCUGAACAUUUAUGGUCACUUUGGAAAAAGUGCCUUUAUGGAGGGUUUUCUUAGUUCCUUUUGUUUUAUGAUUUCAAUUGUUUUGAAUAAAACUGUCAUUGCCUAUCAAAAUCA